AUGGAUGUAGCUUCAAUAAACGUUCCGGCUGCCGCUAUGAUUCUCACUCCUGACAUGGGAGUGAUGGGUGGGGCUAGGGGAUCAAGAUCUCAUUUUGACCUCCGUUUGGUGCUUGGACCCACACCAACGUCUAGCUUCUUCUUGGAUCUUCUCUCUCGGCUCGGCUUGGUUUCAUCGGAGGCUGCCCAUUUCUUCCCCAUGAGCAUUAGGAGCAUGGAGAUGGAAAAGAUGGAUGUUACUACCUUGAAGAAAGCCAUGGGAUGGAAGUUCUUAGAGAAAAUGUUUUCAGGUAUACAGGAGCCACCGACACCCAACCGCGAUGCGAAAUCUCCAAUUCCGAAACCUUCAUCAAGGUCUGUUACCCCGAAAAGGAAACCCCACGUUUCGGUCUCAAAGCCAUCGUCCGUGAAAAUAGUUACUUCUCCCAAUGAGAAAACGAUAAAACCCAGUUUCAAUCUCGACAGAAAACCCAUGUUCUCGUCCCUCCCAGCAAAACCCAUGAACCUAAAAGAGAUCUCUUCAAAUUCAGCCGAUACGAACAAGCCUAAGAGCAGAGCAACCGUAUCAGACCCCAAACCCAGAAGCAGGGGCGUUUCGCCUUCACCAACACCGAUAAUUCCCGCUGCAAUUCAUGGGUUCUCUCCUGAAACACCGCCGAAUAUGAGAACCCAAGUUUCGGGCCGUCCAUCAUCCGUUUCGAGGGGACGGCCUGGAUAUUCGAUACCGAAAACUGAUAUGAAACAGGAUAUCAGGAAGCAGAGGACGCAGUCAUGGUCGCCGAGCCUGACGAGGGAGAGAAAUGCAGAGAUCCUGAAAGAGAGCGGAUCAAAAGGAAAGAAUCUGCCGGGAAAUGGAUCAAUGGUGAUCGGGAGCCGGAUGGUGGAGAAAAUGAUGAAUGCAAGGAAAUUGGACGGUGGAGAAACAAAAGAUCCGAAACACAAGUAUCGAGUAUCGGAUAAAGAUAUCUCGGGUAUCGGGAGAACAGUGUCUGAGGAUUCGUUGAAUUUGGCGCUCAAACGCAUGGUAUGA